CCAAACAACAUGGUUCCAAACAGAAAGUGAAGAAUUAAUAAUAUGAUUUCCAAGACAUAUUUUGCAAUGAUGCACCGUUUCGUCGUAAUAAUCUUUGUCUUCGUGAAUUGUGUUUGCACUUUGGAUACUAAAGUGUCACAAGCUUCCCACAGUGACAGUCAGAGUUAUUUCAUGGCAAUAUGGCACAACAGACUGUACUUAUACUCAGCUGCUGCACUUGUGUUUGGGGUCUGGUUCUCACUGAAGAUGGCACUAAAGAGGCGAAGCCUCUCCAAUGAAGUCGGCUCGUGGGUCUACAAAGCAGUGAAGAACAACGAUUCCUCUGGCAGAGAUGCUGUGGUUCAUGUGUCACGGGUUAACAUCUUCUACGGUUCACAGACAGGAACGGCAAAAGGAUUUGCAAAAGAGCUGUCAGAGGAGGUGAAGACACUUGGCAUACCAACCGAGGUGAUUGACAUGAAAGACUACGAUCCAGAUGAUCAACUUGCUGAUGAGUGCACCAACAAGUCAGUCUGUGUAUUUCUUGUGGCCACCUACACUGACGGACAGCCUACGGAGAACGCUGAGUGGUUCUGUAAGUGGCUGGAGGAGGCGUCCACUGACUUCAGAUAUGGCAAGACCUACCUCAAAGGCCUCAGAUAUGCAGUGUUCGGUCUUGGCAACUCUGUCUAUGUUGGCCACUACAACACGGUAGGUAAAAACGUGGACAAGUGGCUGUGGAUGCUGAGUGGCAUGCGAAUCAUGACCAGGGGAGAGGGCGACUGCAACGUGGUGAAGAGCCGUAAUGGCAGCGUCCAGGCAGACUUCCUGGCCUGGAAGGGCAAGUUCCUUAACCGUCUACAGGCCCUGUCCAAGGGCGAGAAGAAGAAAUGCAGUGGGAACUGUAAGAAUGGAGGAACCUGCAAUAACAAGAACAAGAAGAAAGACAGACAAGAGGAGGAGGCGGCAGCUCUGCAGAAUAACAGCUCAGAGGAGGAUCUGUUGGAGUCCAGCAGUGAUGAGGAGGACUCUGCCAUGCAAGAUGAAAAGACACCUGGUUCAGUGGUUGACAUGGAGGAUCUGGGCAACAUCAUGAACAGCGUCAAAAAAGCCAAGAGCAAAGAGGAGGGCAAAGGAGACAUCCAGAUGGUGAAGCUAUCCAAGCUGAACGGAGUGAAGAAGACUGAAGAUGAAGGGGAAAGAAGAGAGAUGAUCACUCCUACCCUUAGAGAAGCACUGACUAAGCAAGGGUACAAACUAAUUGGAAGCCACUCAGGCGUAAAGCUUUGUCGAUGGACCAAGUCCAUGUUACGAGGGAGAGGAGGCUGUUACAAGCACACCUUCUAUGGUAUUGAGUCCCACCGGUGCAUGGAGACCACCCCGAGUCUCGCCUGUGCUAACAAGUGUGUCUUCUGCUGGAGACAUCACACCAACCCUGUGGGCACAGAGUGGCGUUGGAAGAUGGAUCCUGCUGAGAAAAUCCUGGAGGACGCUCUGGAGAAGCAUCAAAACAUGAUUCGACAGUUUAGAGGUGUUCCUGGAGUGAAGCCGGAGCGAUACGAGGAGGGCUUGGCAGUCAAGCACUGUGCCCUCUCUCUGGUGGGUGAGCCAAUCAUGUACCCUGAGAUCAAUGCCUUCGUCCGCCUCCUCCACUCCCACCACAUCUCCAGUUUCCUGGUGACCAAUGCACAGUUCCCCAAGGAAAUCAGGAGUCUGGUGCCAGUUACCCAGCUGUAUGUGAGUGUGGAUGCGAGCACCAAAGAUAGCCUAAAGAAGAUUGACCGACCACUUUUUAAGGACUUCUGGCCACGUUUCAUAGACAGCCUCAAAGCCCUGGGAGAGAAGAGACAGAGGACGGUGUACAGACUGACGCUGGUGAAGUCCUGGAAUGUGGAGGAGAUGCAGGCCUACUCGGAGCUCAUAGCUAUGGGCCAGCCGGACUUCAUUGAGGUCAAGGGAGUGACGUACUGUGGGGAGAGUUCUGCCAGCAGCCUGACCAUGGCUAAUGUCCCGUGGCACCAGGAAGUGGUCACCUUUGUCCAACAGCUGGCUGACAUGCUGCCUCAGUAUGAGAUCGCCUGCGAGCAUGAGCACUCUAACUGUCUGCUCAUCGCACACACCAAGUUCAAGGUGGACGGCGAGUGGUGGACGUGGAUCGACUACGACCGUUUCCAGGAACUGGUCCAGGCUUAUGAGGAAAGUGGGGGAGAGCAGAGCUUCUCAGCCCUGGACUACAUAGCCAAGACACCCAGCUGGGCUCUUUUCGGGGCCCACGAGCAAGGUUUCGACCCUGUCGACACACGUUACCAACGACGCAACAAAACCAAAGACAUCUCAGGAUGCUGAUAAAUUAGAGAGGGAAAAGUAGGAUGAAUCCGUACUGAUCUUACAAGUUACUAGUAAGAAGGUUUCUCCCUUGUUUCUCUUCUUUGGAUUUUUAAUCGUAUUGGCUUGACCCCCCAAGAUCAGCCCAAAUUGCCUAAAUCUAUUCAUUCACUUAUUUCCAAGACGUUCCCUUAAGUUCUUCUUUUGUUUUGUUUAGAUUUUCCCUCUUUUGUUGAAGGAUUCCUUAUUAUACUGUAAGUGUCAAUGGCUUUGAUCUUUAUAACCACUAUUGGCAGCACAUGGGUAGGUUUACAUUGUAUAUGUUAGACCUGGCAGUAGCUUCAUCACCAUCCUCAUUUUUGACGUUUUCUUUUUUUGAAUAAUCCAAGUUAAUGUGAGGCCACCGCACUGCACAGGAUAUGAUUAGCUGUUGGAAGUAACACCUUUUCCUCCCCUCGUGUCAUCUGUGGGAGCUACACAUCUCUCCCAGACACCUUUGCUCUCUUCCACCUACUCAUUAGGACAGUAGUUGUUUGUGUUUUGCAGCGAGAGACUCGAGCAGUAAGAUAAGAGCAUCAAGGCUGCAUCUCCGCUGGGAGCACGGUCGUCUUCUUAAUGCCCUCUUUGUUUUUUGAGUGCAACUGUUGUAUUGUAGUACAUUCCCAGCAGUGUCAGCACUUGGUUUAAGAUUUAUUUAUUUUUUGGCCUAGUAGGCAGUGAAGAGGCAGACAAGGAAACAUGGGGAGAGAAAGAUGGGUAUGACAUGCAACGAAUAAAAUAGAUUUCUGUAUUGCAUUCAACGACCUCAGUCAUUAUAUCACUAACUCUUACAGCUCUGAGUUAAAUUGAAACAUAACUGAAUACAAAAAUAAAUGGUUAUUGUACAGCACUUUAAAUGUUUAAUUUAGCUACAAUUCAGGACAGGGUUUGAUUAUAAUGGUGGUGAUGUGGCUACAUAUGGGUCUAACUAACAUACGCCUCCCCGAGUCCAGCAUGCCAGAAAAAAAGCCUAUUACUGAUGUUUUAAUCCAGAUGUAUAAAUUAAGUUCAUUUUAAGUGGUUUUUAUUUGUAUGUAAAUCCAGAUGUAAACAUUUAAGUCACUUUUGAUUUGUAGUUUUGUUAAGAUCUCUGUUGCUGCAGUGUCUCCCUGUAGGGAGGAUCGUCCAGAGCAGCAGGUGUGGGUGUGUGUGUGUGUGUGAAUCAUAUAUCACUGUAAUAAAUGUUUUUG